UUCUUUGCCUUGGACAGGCGUAGUCUUAUUUUACAGCCUAUCCUGCGAGAGAUAGAGUUAGAUACCCACCCACCCAAGGCUUCUACGAAUACUUUCCGGCCUCGGGUGCCCAGGCAGGUUACACAAUACAGUACAUACAUAGAAAGCCGCCCAAGGCCUCUUUCUGGUGUUGGCCGCCGCCGCUUUCAGUUUGCCCUCGCGCGUGGAGCAUCCUGGCCAUGUGGAGAACGCCAUGAGCGCCCACCAAGACAUGCCCCUCCUGCUGGGCGGCAGCCUCGAUGUCGUCGGCGUCGGCGUUGGCGUCAGCGUCGACGUCGAUACCGACAUGCAUGGUAUGGAUGGUGCCAUGGCCGCCCUGCACGACGUCGACCUUUUUGGCGAUCCCGUCAUGGACAACUCGCUGGCCCUCCCCAUGCCUCCGGUCCCCGCCCGUCCUUCCCCCAGCAAGCAGCUCCAGCAGCGCCUCGAUGAGCUGCGCGCCCGCGGCUGCUGUCAGGGCAUUGCCUGGUCCCGCCAGGGAACCAUCGCCGCCAUCGCCAAGGACGGCCACACCCUCGACUUGCGCUUCCUGCGCUGCCGCCCCGACUCGGGCGACUGGGAGCUCACCGACCCCAACCCCUGGUACACCCCCCCCCUCGCCCAGCAGGGCGGGCCCAUCACCCACCUUGCCUGGGCUGCUACCGGCAUUCCCGAGCUCGCCGUCAUCGACGCUGUCGGCCGCGUCACCCUCAUGAGCUUCUCUAUCGCCCUCAACCGCCCCUACAGCUUGCGCCGCUUCGAUGUUGACCCCGUUGAUGACCUGAACGCCGUUGUAGGCUGCUACUGGCUACCCCUUACCUCUCACCACACCAAGCAGUUUCUUGUUGUCCAUGGUUCCGCUGUAUGGAAUCAGUCUGCCUACAAGUAUGAGACCCUGUUCUCUCCUCCCUUUGGGCCCUUGCAUCCGAAUCCGAACAAGAGCGCAUUCUUGGUGGUCACUGCUAGCGGUGUCCUCAAGCUCUUCUUUUCCCAAAACAGCGCUCGCAUUGAGGAGGCAUCCCUAGAACUCGAGAGCGUCACCUCGUCCGACGAUCUCAUCACCCAUGCGUCGAUAUGCACAGACAUCAAGAACCAGCUCCUGAUCUCACUAGCAACCGCCUCGAAGCAGUUGAGGGUUAUCCGCGCAUCGAUACAAUGGGGCUUGCCCCAGCCGUCCGACAGGCAGGCGCCUCCCGGGAGCAUACAUUUGAACCCAGCCAUCAAAGAGAGCCACGUCGCCGUUACGAGCUGGCUUCAGUACGGCCCGAGCGAGUCUAGUCUAGACAUGUCCAUGGCCCAGCUCUCUCAUAUCCAGACUCUCCCUCCUUUGGUAGAAUCCAUCAACCCGCCGUUACUGACCCCGCCGGUCGUGCUCACUGUGCGGUCCUACCUGCCACGAGAUACUUCUUACAAUCAGGAGUCUCAGAGUAUCAUCGAUCGAUGGGAAGUUCUGAGUGAUCAGCCACAGACUCUCCAUCCUGCCUUUGCACAGUUAGGUUCUAAGAAUGCAGCAGCAUCUCCUCCAAGUACGAGCCGUCUGCGCAAACUUGACCCGGUUGUAAUACCCAAGAUCAUUGUUUCAAUCCACUUAAUGCAAUUGGGCCGAGUUAUUUGCUUUGUCUUCAGCGACGGUACGGUUCAGUACCGCGAUCGAGCCACAAUGAACGAGAUAUACAAUGAGCACAAUAUUGCUUGCAUCAACAGCCCCGUUCAAGUCGGAUUCCAGUUCACAAAUGAUACUCCAUGCCUUCAGGCAGUCUUCUCUCCCACUAAUUGCUCCUUUGCCCAAGUGUGCGAGGAUGGAUCUAUUAAGUGGAACAGGCUGCAUUACCCCAUGGACGAUCCAGUCACCGCACUGCAAGACAGCCGCCAGUACAACGCCGUGUUGGGAGCGUUGACUUUGGCAAUAUCGUCUUCUGCCGCUCAUCAAACAAAUUGCGACGACAUCCUAGCCAUUGUGCGCCCUUUUACUCGGAAGCCAGAUUUCACGUCUGCUUGGAUCAGAGAGAUGGUCAACAUGCUUAAGUUCUCUGUCGACUACUCCGAGGACGCUCACCACGACCAACUUGUCAGAAACUACAACCUGCAGCUCUGUCUCAGCAUUCUCAACCACCUUGGGUUUCACGGCGAGUUUCAACCUCGCUCCUUCAGCGGCAAGUUUGCCAUGCUGGCUCUUAACGUUCGAAACAUUGUCAUUCUCAUCACCAUUGCAAGCAAUACGCCCGCAAAUCUCAAGGAAAAGCUGAUUCCUUUGGAUGAGCCCGAGGUAGUAGAUGCCCUGGCUGGCUGUGCCAAAUGGGCUGUCGACCUUCUUUCCUGGAUAACCGACUGCAUUUUUGGACUUCUUGGCGAUCCCGUCUUCAUGGGUAUCCUGGCAGACCCAAAGCGCUUUUCCGAGCUGGCACCCUACUUGCAGUCUCAAGACGACGUAUCUUUGCAUCUGCUGCUUUGUUCUUCUACACGGGGCUUCCUAUCAGCUGCCUGUCGCAGGCUUGUACAUCUCGAUUCGCUGUGCAUCCGUGCCGCCCACUUCUACCAGAAGCAAAAGGAUGGCGACUCUACCAACCCAACGGCUCGCCCGUCGGAGCCUCUUUACCAUGCAUAUCAAAAGAUGGCGCGCUCGACCAACUCAAAUCUCGUCAAAGUCCAGAAGUUUGACGCGCUCAUCGGGGGACUGAGCCAGGAAAUCAAAGCGGCCUACCAGAGGACUCUUUCCGGGCUCACAUCCAAGCCCAAGCAGCGGGACCAAGGAAACUCGCAGCAGGGCCAAAACAACAAUGCCAAUGAGCAGCUGGUGAAAAAGGCGCAGACACAUUGCGAGUUGGACAUGCUGCUGGCUGCCAACCCGCCGCCGGGGUUUCGUGACGUGCUUUUCAAGUUUUUCAACAGCAGCCUGCCGGCUUUCCGCAGCCAAACGGACCCGGCAAGGUUAUAUUUUGGAAACUAUGACAUCUUGGAAGUGGACGACAACCGCAAGAUCCUGGCUUCGAAGAAGGCGGCCGGCAGAUACAUCGACGUGUUCAAGCGCGUCGAGCUGUUCAGUGGCCCCAAGGCUGCCAAGAAUAGCUCUCUCUCUCACGGGGGGGCGGCCGACGACACGGGUCCGCAGUGGCGCCGGUGUGUGCGCUGCGCGUCCGUCAUGGAGGAUGUUUGGGGAACACGCCCGGGCUUCACUUUUGUCUUGGGCCAGCAGCGGAAAUGCUCGUGUGGAGGAAACUGGGGGCUGCUUCCUAGGAGUUCAGUGAGAAGCUAGUGGCCAGCAAGACAAGCUGGGAAUGAAUAUCUUGCUUCGCUGUGAUGUUGGGCCAUGUGGACAGCUACACGAUAAUUCGCUUGCCGCCAUGGAGACGUGUACAGUUGGUCGAUAGGCAGGUGUGCAGAGCUGCGGAGGGAAAUGGCCAACGACAUUACGAUUUUGGUUAGUGCUUUUUGGUGGCUUGCUUCUUGGUUUGCCUAGUAUAGACAAAAUAUGACAUAUAAAUAUCAAUAUCAGGGGGAAAGGCGGUGGGUGCUGUGGCGAGAAGAGAAA